AUGACGAACCAGGAGAUGCGGUUAAAUCACACUAUUUACAUCAACAACUUGAAUGAAAAGAUCAAAAAAGAUGAACUGAAGAAGUCGUUGUAUGCUAUAUUCUCCCAGUUUGGACAAAUUCUGGACAUCCUGGUCUCUCCUUCACUGAAGAUGAGGGGGCAGGCCUUCGUGAUCUUCAAGGAGAUCAACAGUGCUUCCAGCGCACUCCGCUCUAUGCAAGGCUUUCCCUUUUAUGAUAAACCUAUGCGUAUUCAGUAUUCAAAGCAGGACUCUGAUAUAAUUGCAAAAAUGAAGGGCACAUAUGUGGAGCGAGACCGUAAGAAAGAGCAGAAAAAGCCUAAAGCCCCUAAUGCAGGUGCUGGGAAAAAGGCUUCUGCUGCCACAGCUGCCAUGGCCGGAGUACCUGCAGCCAUGCCUGGAAUGCCACCCCUGAGCCAAGCCCCUCGUAUGAUGCCAAUGCCUGGUCAGCCUCCCUACAUGCCUCUGCCUGGCAUGAUGCCUCCUCCUGGUAUGGCACCUGGGCAGAUGCCUCCAGGUCAGAUGAUGCCAGGACAAAUGCCUGGGCAGAUGCCACAGCAGGUGUCCGAAAACCCUCCCAACCACAUCCUGUUUCUCACCAAUCUCCCAGAGGAGACGAACGAGCUCAUGCUGUCUAUGCUGUUCAACCAGUUUCCUGGAUUCAAAGAAGUCCGUCUCGUCCCCGGCCGCCACGACAUCGCCUUUGUGGAGUUUGAUAAUGAGGUGCAGGCGGGUGCAGCCCGAGAAGCUUUGCAAGGCUUUAAGAUCACACAGAGCAAUGCUAUGAAAAUCUCAUUUGCAAAGAAAUAACACUUGUGUACAUGCAGCUUCUAUGACAAAUGACAGUUAUACACAGGCCUGUAUUUAGAAUCCACUGGCUGUGAAUAGAUAACACACACGCCAUCCAAAAGAAAAAGUCCAGAGGUGAAAUGUACAUUUUUUAUUUGAUGUGACUUGCCUAGCUGUGCCCGUUAGAUUUGUACUGCACAAUGCCCGGUAAGGAGUGAAUGGAAAGGUUUACCCUCUCCCCCUUCUCCACUUUUAUUCCAUUUUCUGAGAUGGGCAGCUUUGGUGAGUUUGUAAGUAUGCAGGGUUUUUUUUUUCUAAUUCCAAUUAAGUCUUCAGAAGCAUUGCACCCAGAGUCUGGUUCCCAGACAUUGUACCUGGAGCUUUGUUUUGAUUAAAUCACAAUGUUUUACAUGUUGCUU